CGUGCCUGAGAGAACUGUGUGUGGAGUCUUGCAGGCGGUUGAGACUUGAGGAGUGACAACUUACGAUGGCGAGAGCUCGUCGUCUGUUUACCCUUAGCUCUUCCCGGUUAUGUGGACGGAGGCGGUCGCUGCUGCUCCGCCGCUGAACUCACCGCCGCCACGGGCUCCUCUCCCGCCGCCGCCACGAGACGAGACCCAACCGUCAACUCCUGCGAGAGGGCAGCGCGGAUAUUCAAGGACAUUUUAACGUUACCAUAGCUACUGUGGCCUUUUCUGACGAUUGAGGAAAUCCAGCGUGCGGCGCUCCGGUGCAAUGAUGUGGCCAGAUUUUGUAAACAGAAACAGCGGUUGAAGUCACGGAGAGCAGCGCGCAGCUGACAACCAUGAAGAUGGUGGUGGUGUUUCUGUGCGUGUCAUCCAUCCCGCAGCCUUUCAUCUGCUGAAGGCGGACUUUUCGAUGCGUUCACCUCAGAUAUGGCAUCAUUUCCACACCUCGCUCAGUCGGCGGCUGCGUGGAGCUGAAGGAGAGAAAACCCCGCGUCACUUGUUGGAAGUGGGGAAUCGAAACAAGAGGGAGAAAGACGGACAGACAGAUCGACAGGCCGCUGAACUUUGAUUUCGCUGCCUGACUGACAGACUGCUGGAGUGAGCUGAGCCCAGCGACAGGUACAGGAACCAUCAAUGUGGACUUCAGUUGGUGAUUUGACGAGCCUUGUGUAGGAGCCCCAGAGUUUGUUCUGUCCCCACUGUCCCUCCCUUCCUUUUUUCAAUCUUCUCCCUCAUCCCCCUUUCCCCCUUAUCUAAGAUUCACAAUGCUUAUCAAGGAGUACCGCAUCCCCAUGCCCCUGAGUGUGGAGGAGUACCGCAUUGCCCAGCUCUAUAUGAUUCAGAAAAAAAGCAGAGAGGAGAGCUGUGGAGAAGGUAGCGGGGUGGAGAUCUUGGAGAAUAAACCCUACACAGAUGGACCAGGCGGAACUGGCCAGUACACCCACAAGGUCUUCCACAUUGGCAAGCACAUCCCCAGCUGGUUCCGCUCCAUCUUGCCCAAAGCAGCACUGAGGGUUGAAGAAGAGUCGUGGAACGCCUACCCUUACACCCGCACCAGAUAUACCUGUCCCUUUGUGGAGAAGUUCUCUAUUGACAUUGAAACCUACUACAAACCCGACACAGGCAACCAGGCAGAUGUCUUUAAUAUGUCUGCAGCAGAGAAAAGGCAGAUGACUGUUGACCCAAUCGACAUAGUGACAGAUCCCAUUCCCCCUCACGAGUACCAAGUGGAGGAGGACCUGCGGAUCUUCAAGUCCGCCAAGACCCAGAGGGGUCCUCUGAGAGAAGACUGGAUAGAGGAGUACAACAACAACCCAGGGAAAACCCCCAUCAUGUGCGCCUACAAAUUGUGCAAGGUGGAGUUCCGCUACUGGGGCAUGCAGUCAAAGAUUGAGCGCUUCAUUCAUGAUGUUGGACUCAGAAAGGUGAUGGCACGUGCCCACCGGCAGGCCUGGUGCUGGCAGGAUGAGUGGUAUGGUCUGACCAUUGAGGACAUCAGGCAGCUGGAGCUAGAAACUCAACUGGCCCUGGCCAGGAAGAUGGCCCAGUUCAGCCAGGCUGAGGAGGCCACUGAGGCCAACUGUGGCUCUCAGUCCCCAGACAAAGAGCAAGAAGUUAAAGAGGCGAUCAGCUCCAUUGAAGCAGAGGAGGUGGUCAUUAGAUCAGGGGGAGAGACUCUUCAGCCACGGGGUGUGCUCACAAAGCAGUGGUCCACCUCCUCCCGAUCGUCUCGCUCAUCUAAGAGAGGAGUGAGCCCGUCACGCCACAGCAUCUCGGAGUGGAGGAUGCAGAGCAUAGCACGAGACUCGGACGACAGCUCGGAGGAGGAGUUCUUUGACGCUCAUGAGGAUCUGUCAGACGGUGAGGAGGUCUUCCCAAAGGAAAUCGUCAAGUGGAACUCCAAUGACCUCAUGGACAAGAUUGAAACCACUGACGCAGAAGAAACGCCUGGUGAGCUGUUGCAGGAAAUGACCGUGGAUUAUGAAAGAGCAACCAGUGAAGAAAGACUAGAUGAGAUGCGUGGCUCUGUUAGCGGCCAAGCCGAUAGCUCUCCCAUUCCCAUCAUCACAGUAACAAGGCACCAGUCAGAGAAUUUGUCCCAGCAGUGCUUGCAGCCUUCCAAGAUCCAUGUGCUGAUCUUGGUUCUUCAUGGAGGGAACAUCCUGGAUACAGGCGGAGGGGAUCAGAACAGCAAGCAGGCAGACGUCAACACAAUUAGUACGGCCUUUGACACAGUCAUGCGUGUUCACUAUCCUGCUGCGCUGGGACGCAUCGCCAUCCGUUUGGUACCGUGCCCUGCCAUCUGUGCCGAGGCCUUCUCCCUGGUGUCCAAUCUAAGCCCUUACAGCUAUGAUGAGGGAUGUCUGUCCAGCAGUCAGGACCACAUUCCACUGGCAGCUCUGCCCCUUCUGGCCACCUCUGCUCCACAGUACCAGGAGGCUGUGGCCACCGUUAUCGGCAGAGCCAACCAGGUGUACACAGAUUUUAUAAAGUCUCUGGGCGGGUCUGCUUUCUCCGGCCAGGUGUGUCUCAUUGGGGACUGUGUGGGAGGAAUCCUGGGAUUUGAUUGUCUGUGCAGCAGCAAUCAGACAAUAAAUGAGAGUCAAAACAGCAGUCGCAGGGGCAGCGUCGUCAGUGUACAGGAUCAGGACCUCCUCUCUCCUGGCAUUAUCAUUAACUGCGGGCACGGGUCAUCCUCUCCAACCCUGGAGGGCAGCCGUCAUCUCAGUCGCAGUAACAUCGACAUCCCUCGUGCAGGUGUAGCAGAGGACACCAAGAGACAGAUGCCACGCAAGAGAAGUGACUCCUCCACCUACGAACUGGACACAAUAAAACAACACCAGGCCUUCCUGACCAGCUUACACUCCAGUGUCUUGCGAGGUGACGCAGCUUCACGCAGGUCAAGUAGCAGCACGAUGCUGGAUGGAGGCUCCCUGGGGAAGUUUGACUUUGAAGUGUCCGACUUUUUCCUCUUUGGCUCUCCACUGGGUUUGGUGCUUGCUCUGCGGAAGACGGUCAUUCCCAUGCUUGAUGUGGCCCAGCUGCGACCUGCCUGUCAGCAGGUCUAUAACCUGUUCCAUCCAGCAGAUCCCUCAGCCUCCCGUCUGGAGCCCUUACUGGAGAGGAAGUUUCAUCUGCUUCCGCCCUUCAACGUGCCCCGAUAUCAACGCUUCCCCCUGGGAGAUGGAAACUCUGCCCUACUGGUGGAGACAGUCCAGAGCAACGCUCAGCUGCUACUUGACAGCGGGCCUCACCUGUCCCUUCGCUGUCAGGAGACCAUCAGUGAGACCUGCAUCCCUGUGCCUGUGCUAAACUGGCAGGAGGGCUUCCUCAAAGCCACACCCGCCACUAUGGAGUCGGAUGUUGUUCAGUCUCAUGGUGGUGUCUUCAUGGACAAUUCGUACCCCUCAUCCCCUGUAACGGGCCCCUUCUCCCGGGGCCAGCGGAGGGCCAGUGAGGUCAGCAUUGCCAGCCAGGUCUCAGGAAUGGCAGACAGUUACACUGCCACCAACAUAGCCAACACCAAAUCGUGCCAAACUAACCCAUCCAAAAGGUUCAGCUUUUUGUCCCAAAUCGCCUUAACGUCGCAAAAUAAAUUCUUCCUGAAAAGUCCCCCCAAGUCCCGUAGGAAAGCAAUUGCCAGCCAGGCCGCAGGACCUCCUGAUGCAGGAUCUACUGAUGCAGAUCUAAUGGCAGAACUGGACAGUGAGGCAGACACUAUUGAAGUUCCAGGUCCCUCUGGCCAGUACGAGAACUGCUUGUCAGCGGGGCUGGACUGUGCUAUAUCUGAUCUGGUCUCACUGGAUUCUCAGGCUGAAGUGGAUCAAGUUGCCGCACGUUGGUGGGGCACAAAGCGGCUGGACUUUGCCCUGUACUGCCCCGAUGCACUGACCGCUUUCCCCACAGUGGCUUUACCACACCUCUUCCAUGCAUCAUACUGGGAGUCCACUGAUGUCGUGUCUUUUCUCCUCAGACAAGUCAUGAGGCAUGAAAACUCCAGCAUACUGGAGCUUGAUGGGAAAGAAGUGUCUGAAUUCACUCCGUCAAAACCUCGAGAGAAGUGGCUCCGUAAGAGGACUCAUGUAAAGAUCAGGAAUGUGACUGCCAACCACCGGGUGAACGAUGCCGUGUUCUCUGAAGGAGGCCAGCAGGUUGUGACUGGUCGCUUCAUGUACGGCCCUCUAGACAUGGUCACUUUGGCUGGAGAGAAGGUUGACCUCCACAUCAUGACCCAGCCACCGUCAGGAGAAUGGGUGUACUUCGACACAGAGGUGACCAACAGUGGUGGUCGCGUGUCUUUUAUUAUCCCAGAAGAGAAGCGACUGGGCAUCGGAGUCUAUCCAGUUAAAAUGGUUGUCAGGGGUGAUCACACUGUCGCUGACAGCUACCUAACAGUUAUUCCACGUGGCACAGAAUUUGUUGUGUUCAGUAUUGACGGAUCUUUUGCUGCCAGUGUGUCAAUCAUGGGCAGUGACCCCAAAGUACGAGCAGGAGCCGUGGACGUUGUCAGGCACUGGCAGGAUUUAGGCUAUUUGAUCAUCUAUGUAACAGGACGUCCCGACAUGCAGAAGCAGCGGGUAGUGGCUUGGUUGUCUCAGCACAACUUUCCUCAUGGCAUAGUGUCCUUCUGCGAUGGCCUGGUCCAUGACCCACUCAGACACAAGGCCAACUUCCUUAAGAACUUGACAGAGGCUCACAUGAAGAUUUUCGCUGGCUACGGAUCAACCAAAGACAUCUCAGUCUACACCUCCAUCGGCCUCCCUUCAUCCCAAAUAUACAUUGUCGGCAGACCAUCGAAGAAGAUGCAGAACCAGUGCCAGUUCAUCACAGAGGGCUACGCAGCUCAUUUGUCCCAGCUGGAGUACAACCACCGUUCUCGACCAGCCAAGUCCAGCAGCGCACGCAUGGUGCUACGCAAAGGCAGCUUUGGCUUGGGCGCAAACAGCGACUUCCUGAGGAAGAGGAACCACUUGCUGCGCACCAUCUCCUCCCAGCCAGCUCCCAGCUCCCCAACAGGCAGCAUCCACAACAGACCCGAGCGCACACAGAGCCAGUCGGACAGCGAGCGGCUGGAGCGGGAGAGGCUGGAGCGAGUGCACGGCCACAGCCAGGGGGCGACGCAGCGCAGCAUGAGCAUCACAGCGAGCUGCUGGGGUCGCAGCAGCAGCACCAAGUUCGAACCGGGACUUCUCAGUCCAAAAUGAGUUUAGAGAGAGACGGUGUGAGAGUAUGGACGGGAGACUGACUGAGGAAGGAACACUGGAAUAAAUGGAAGGAGUCAAAAAUAGUUUGGCUUGCACCACAUGGGUAAUUACAAUGAAAAAUCAUAGGUGCUAUAGACCACAUUUUAAAAAAUGAGUGGCAGUCACACGUAUGGACAGAAGUCAUGGCUGUGUUUCUGGUGAAACAACACUCAACAGGAAUUUCAAGAAGCCAUUUCUUGAAGCAAGAGCGCGUGACACGGCUCAUGUUGUAAGAUGUGGUUUCUACUGUUGAGUAAAUAUUUAUCUGUCUUAAAUACACAAUAUCAGUUUUUUCCUACUUUAGCAGACUUUUAGACCUGACGUGGUUGCACAUCAGAAUGUCCCACAUGCUACAAACACAGUGAUUCUGCACUGUAGCAGACGACGACCGUGGCCACUGAAAAGCACAACAGAGAUUAACUUUGAGGAAAAGCUGUGUCCUUUUUAUGUAAUGAAUCAGAUAUGUGCAGAGAGUCUGAGAAGAGAACUGAAAGUGUUUCUGUAGACUAGAUCAAUCUGUUAGACGUUUUUUAAGAAAAUAAUCACAAAUUUAAAAAAAAAAAAAAAAUUGGUGAUUUGUAAGCCAACUAGUAUAAUACCUACCUGAAGCAUUUACAAACAGCCAUCUAUUUAUUGUCCACUUUCGCUUGUUUUCCAGUCGGCCCUCAGACCAUGGAACUCUCCAGAUUAUCCUAUGACGCAAACUGCGAAAUUACCCUUUAAAUGUGGCUGCAGCUGAAACUGGUGUGGGAUUUUAUAGUGUUUCAUGACAUCCCACCGUGCUGCACUGCUGAACCUUCCUAAUGUGUAGUGAACGACUCUGCGAGAGGGGAAAAAUCUCCCUCUACUGUACGAUAAAUGUGCCAAAGUGAACAGUACAGACGGACAUGCUGUACAUGAACAGAAAGGAGGAGGAGGAUCUGGGUGUAAAAAGUUGAACAGGUUGUGUAAGUAUGUAGUCGGUUGCCGUAACAAGGCGUGUACAUAAUUGUUCUUUUCCAGUGCAGAUCUGGUAUCUGGUCCACUGAAGACCAGUUUCAAGUGUCUUCUUUUCUUUGGGGGCAAACGCCGCCUCAUUCAGGAUACACUUUAUUAAUUGAUGAUAUCUAUUGUUGUUUAAGAUUAUAGAUAUUUUAAAGAAAUUGUAUUGAUUUUGUGAACAAAUAAUGUUUUAAGAUUACUAAAGCUAUUAUGUUGUUUUUUGUUUUAUGUUUUAAGUUCUUAAGUUGCAGCAGCCAAAACUCAGAGAGUGUUGUAUUUUUUAUUAUUUUUUUUCCUCGCAGAUAACCAGAAUCAACAGAAUUGCUACGAUAUCGUGUCAUAUAAUGUAUGUUUUGUUAUAAUCUAUUUUGGGAAUUUGGGAUAUAGCUUCUCUCUGGUUGUCCGUAAGCUGUAAAUGAGGCGUUGAAUGUGCUCAUAGAUAAUCCUGCCGAGGUAAAGGUCUCUUUCUUCAUUGUUGGUGCAUCAUUAGAGGAAGGUGAAUCCACACUCUGUAAAUCCUGUACAAAAUGCUGUCAAAUCUAAGACUUACUUUUAUGCUGUAGGCCAUUUAUUUUUUCGAGUUAUUAAUUCAAAUGAUAUUUAUUUGUCCCUUCUCAUAGGCUAAUUAUACAGAGCUGACCGCUAUGGACCAACAUGGGCUCGAGUGUAAGGGAACUGUGCAAUAUUACUCAACCAGAACCACAAGAUCCAACCGACGCCACAGUGCAUUGACAAUCAAUUGAUAAAAUAGGCACAUGUUCUCCACGCGUCAAAAUUGCAGACUAUCACAGACACACAAAGGCACAGCCAUCCUGGGUUUUUUUUUACAAAGGAAUGGGAUUUCUAACACAGAUGUGAUAACGGUGUACAGCAGGUUUUUCCCCCUCAAAACAUGGUGAUUAGUCCUGUUGUGUCCAUUCCAGCACAUUAGUGUCCCCAUCAAAUGUGAGAGUGACCCAAUAAUCAUUAGCUGAAGGUAAUGUCCCAGUGUCCCAGAGAUGAACAAUUAAUUCAGAAACAAAAAAUGCAGUGAGCAAAUCUCAGUGGCUGCUCUUUAAUCAUUAUUUUGAUCAUUUAUUGUUAGGACGACAAUAUUUAAUGCGAAUCAAAAAUUUAGCCAACUAUUCUGAAAAUUUGGAUUAUCAGUUGAAGUGUUGUUGUUUUUUAAAUAAAACAAAAUCAAGUUUUUGGUUUUAAUUUUCUUAGAUGUGAAUAUUCUCUGGUGUUUUUACUUCUCUCUGACAGUAAACUGAAAAGCUCUGGGAUCAUGCACAAAA